UACAGAGAUAGAGGAAGAGCCACAGAGGGUGCAGUUCACGUUAGCCUCACUGUUAGCAGGCAUCGUUGACAAGUGCUUCCCUCUGUGUGAUUGUAAAACUAAUACCUGUUUACUAAACCAGGGUUGUUAUCGAGGCUCUUCGACGACCGCUUCGCCAAGAUGAGCUUCUUGUUUGGCAGUCGCUCAUCCAAGACUUUCAAGCCGAAGAAGAACAUCCCAGAGGGCUCCCACCAGUACGAGCUGCUGAAACAUGCUGAGGCCACACUGGGCAGUGGGAACCUGAGGCAGGCUGUCAUGCUGCCUGAGGGAGAGGAUCUCAAUGAGUGGAUUGCUGUCAACACGGUGGAUUUCUUCAACCAGAUCAACAUGCUCUACGGCACCAUCACUGAGUUCUGCACAGAGACCAGCUGCUCUGUGAUGUCUGCAGGACCAAGGUAUGAGUAUCACUGGGCUGAUGGCACCAAUAUUAAGAAGCCCAUCAAAUGCUCCGCUCCCAAAUACAUCGACUACCUGAUGACCUGGGUGCAGGACCAACUGGAUGAUGAGACACUUUUCCCUUCCAAGAUUGGAGUUCCCUUCCCCAAGAACUUCAUGUCUGUGGCCAAAACCAUCCUGAAGCGUCUGUUCAGGGUUUAUGCUCACAUCUACCACCAACAUUUUGACUCUGUGAUGCAGCUGCAGGAGGAGGCCCACCUCAACACCUCCUUCAAGCACUUCAUUUUUUUUGUUCAGGAGUUCAACCUCAUCGACAGGCGAGAGCUCGCUCCACUGCAGGACUUGAUCGAGAAGCUUGGAUCCAAGGACAGAUAGACAGAUUUCAUCCAUUUUUAAAACCCUUUCUUUUUCCUCCUUUGUCCCUUUCUGUGACUUCUGCUACCUCUAUGACUUCUAGUCUCAACUCUUACAAUCUGUGCCUUCUUCCUUCAUCAACGUAUGUACUGUACUUCUCCUUUUAUUCCCCUCUGUGGUUUAAUACGCUGUCUUUGAGCCCCUUUCUUCCAUGUUGCCACUCUGCAUAGUGUAGUGUAGUAAGAAUAUUUUUUUACAGGACUGUGGUUAACCACUCUGAGAGCAACCUACUGAAUUUUAUAUUGGACCAAGGACAUUUGGAAGAUAAAGUGAAAACCAGCUUCUUCAGAAGAGGGUUAACAGUGUUUUAAUUGUCAGAAUACUUUCUAGUUAUUGAUAGGCCAUUUUCUUUGUUUGGUAACUUUGAGCUAUAGUUAUUACAGAGACUGACCAAAUAUCCCUGUAUUAUGUAGAUGUCUAUCAUCAGUGUACUAUGGAGAGGAAAGAUGGCAAGGAAAAUAGUGACAUGAAACCGGUCUCUGAUGAACACAGCCUGACAGUUAUGUAUCAUGUAUUUUCAAUAUAAAGACAGGCUCAAAAAGCACCAGAAUAUAUUAUGUAGGUCUCUGUCACAAGGCGGUCGCUCUUUGACACAGUUACAUGUGAAGAGAAGCGCUGAUCAGACGAUACGAGACCUCACCAUGAAAAAAAACCACCACCAUGGACUGCAUUAUAGCCGUUUCAAUUUGGAAGCGCAAUAUUGUGUUUUGCCCAUUUCCGGGCUGUUUUCUUAAAUCAUCCUGUCAAGAGCAUAAAAUAGUCUAAUGUGAAUGUUUUGGUUUACUUUUAGUUUGUUUUUGUGGUGCCGAAAAUGUGUAGAACUCUGCAUAUUUGAUUUUUCAAUUCUGGUACUGUUUUUUUUCUCACUAAAUAAUUCCCCCCUAGAUUGUAAAAUAAAGCAAUAAUGCCCCUGUGCAUGAUCAAGAAAAGUGACCUAAGGUAUAUGUAGUUUUUCCACAGAUGUCUUUCUCUGUCUUUGUGCAUGUAUCAUGGUCAUUGACUCCUCUUAACUCUGGCUACAACAGCAGGGCUGUUUAAUAUGCCAUCAUUUCACAAACAAAUGCAGAAAGUAUUCCUAUAAAUUGUUUGGCAAACUUUGAGCAAGGACAUCGACCCAUAACAUUCUUCCUGAUUGGACAUCAAUUAAUUUCAGACAAUCAUUUAUUAAGAGCUGUCUUAUAACUUGAUGCAUCCACAGGAACCAUUCAUUUGUUCAUUUUGUGCUGUUAUACUUUUUAAGAUGUUGAAAGCCUUUCAGCAAUGUGAAAAGACAAGUUGUUAUGCUAUAACUGCGAUGUAUCCAUGUUUAGGUCCUUUAGCUGCUUGGUAAAGAAAGACAAAGCCAGCACCCAUUUAAUUCAUCAUUCUAUAAGCAUAUCAAUAUAUUUGACCAGCCCGAGUUAUCUCUGAGAUCAUAUUUGGAUAUAUAACUAGUCCUGUCUUUCGAUGUAGCCACAUGUUUUUGAAAUGUUUAGGUUUUUCUCACUAUUUAGUUUUUAAACAUAUGGCAUAGAGUUACAUUUCAUAUUAAAUUGUAAAAUAAAUAUUGCAUUUUCAAAUAAAGAACAAGGGCUUUGAAAUGAAUUAAAAGUUUUAUAUAUUUACAAAAAUGGUCCAAUUAUUGGGGGGUCCUUUUGACUGGCAGGAGUUGUAGGAUGUGUGCUGCAUCUGAACAUUUGCUGUAAAUAAAAUCAGUGUUUUUUUUCUGAACAAAACUGUGCCUUAUAACAAUGUAAAUGUCUGAUUUGACACAGUAUUGGAAUAUGAAAAGCUCAAUAAACACUGUAAGGACAA